AUGAUAUUGGAAAAGCUUGGCAAACUGAUAGUGAAAUUUCCAGGAAAGAUAAUCUUCACUCUCACCCUUCUAACAGUUGUUAGCUGGCUAGGUUUCCUAACUAUGAUUCCCCCAAACCUUAAAGAUGAAUUCUGGGUCUCCGAAGACAGUCGAUUGGUGAAGGACCUGAAGAAGGCAAUGGAGGUUUUCCCAUCGCUUCAGUCCAGACGAGAAGAGGUGAUUGUGGAAGCUGUGGCAAAGAAAGGCGAAAAUGUGCUCUCGGGUGCUUGUUUGGAAGAUGCAUUACUCGUGCAUAAGACAGUUGUUAACCUAGACAAUUUUCAAAGUUUCUGCAUGCAAGCGAGAAAUAAUUGGCAGUCGACAAAUCAUUCAUGUAUGAUGACUAACCCCUUAGAAGUGUGUGAUUUGAAUGAGAAUGAAAGCGACCGUUGUAUAGAAUCUAUUGCACGAGAAUGGAAUGGACAGUUAGGUACAACUUUAUCCGAUGGCCGUUCAUUCACAUUUAAUCAGCAACUAUUUUUCAGUGGCUUUACGAGCAACAACAGCAGUACAAAGAAAGAGAGCAUAUCUGCAAAAGCAAUCAGAAUGGUCUACUAUUUGAAGAACCCUUCAGAAAGUGGUCCAUCCGGAAAUGAUAUCUCAUCAUGGGAAGCAUCAUUUCUUCAAAAAGUGGAGGAACUUCGUCCAAAGAUGAAAUGUGCACUACUGUUUUUCACUUCCUCCCAGAACCAUGAAAGUGUUGCUUCCUUACUCUUUUCUUUUAGAAGUGCGGAAACGUUUGUCACUUUUGCAGUCCUACUCUGCUCCACUAUCGUUCUAGUGAACUGUACAGUGGCGAGUUUUCGCCCCGUGGCUAUUAUACUGGGCUGUUUGAUUACAGCAUGUGUUGUUAUAGGCCUUGUCUCAUCUGUAAGCCUGACCUAUCUUGCCUCUAUAAAUGUAUGGCAGUCCAUCUGGAUGGUCACAAUAUUUAUGUACUGCAAAGGAGCCUUGGAUGCAUUAAUUUUAAUCAGGGAAAUUCACAAGCAAAACCAUAUACCAUCUCUUGAACACAGAAUUGCAAACUGUAUGACGAAAUCUGGCAUGGCCCUUACAACAUCCAACCUUAUUUGCAUUUUAAUGUUUUGCUUUACACAGCUCUCUUCUUUUCCGGUGUUCAGGGGUUUUGCCGUUAUGGCUCUUAUAAAUGUUCUAUACCAUUUUGUCAUCUUCUUUCUUCUUAUUAUGGCGUGCCUAUUCUGCUGGCUCACGAAAAUGCACAAGUGCGAUAAAUAUAUUGAGACUGACCUAACAGGAGAUGAAAUGGAAGAAGAUGAAAGAGAUUGCUUUGAGCAGAUUUAUGGAAGAAUCAUCGUUGGAAAAGUAGGUUCUUCUGUUAUCAUGAUGCUGUUCAUAGGCAUUAUCGUUUUUAGCUCCUAUGUGGUACUUACCCCUGCAAAUCAAGUGUUUGGCAGUCCAUUGCAAGUUACACCACAGACUGAAGCAACCAAAUACAUGAUCGAGCAGAGAAAAAUCUUUGAAAAGGAAACGAAAGUGAAAAUAGUUUUUCAUAGCCAGCUCAACUACAGCGACAGUGGUCUACGGCAAAAGCUGCAGUCAUUUGUGGAAAGCAUUAGCAGUGCCCCUUACAGCAACCGUCCUGUUGAAAGCUGGAUCCACAAAUUUGAAGGCUGGGCUAAGAUGCAAAACAGAUCUUGCACUGGAACACAGUUUAAAUCCUGUCUGGUGGCAUUUUUAGAAAAUCCAAAGAAUUUCAAAUACCUUGUGGAUCUAAACUUUACCAUGCACAAUGACUCGUUGAAGUUCGUCGCAAGUUCUUUUGACCUCUUUGUGAUCUCUUCAGAACAAUUUUCAUUAAGGAAAAAAUACUUGCAAUCCCUCAAACAUGACACUGCGGACUUUGAAGAACAGCAGCACAUACCAGUGGCUAUUGUUUCGUCUCUUCUUGAAGAAACAGAGCAGCUAAUAACAUUAGAAAAGGAGUGCAUAUCCUUUUCUGCCGUGGCAGGAAUUUCUAUCUUGGUGCUCUCUCUUUUUUUGACGGCUAACAUUCGUAUUGUAGUCGUUCUUGCAAUUGGUCUUGUCAUCCAGGUCCUCGAAAUGAUGACGUUGCUGAAUCUAUGGGAUGUACCUUUAAAUUAUGCAAGCGUUAUCUGCAUCUCUCUUGGCUUCAUUGUUUCAGUGAACUUUAGUCUACAUAUGAGCCAAGUUCGCGCUUUAUCAGUGAAGAAUACUGCCAAAAAGCGAACCCUUGAUGCCCUAAACUCUGUUGGAAUACCCAUACUAUCUGGUGGUCUAUUAGCAAUUCUGAGCUCCAUUGGUCUUGGAUUUGUGUUUCCAAACUUGUCGCUGAUUUUCCUUAGGGUGCUUCCUAUUCACAUUGUACUGGGUGUGUUUCAUUCCCUUGGCUACAUUCCUUCAGCUAUUUUUAUAACAAGUAAGCCGAUGGAAGCCUGCAUUCGAGCAACGGUGUCUCCAUCCUUCAUUCUUUCCCAAGAACAACUUGAACUGAAGGAACAUCAGAAACAAUACCAAGAAUCCUCCUGUAGGGAGACUUUUAAACAAGAUUCAAAAUCAUCUGGUGUUGCUCUCUUGGGUAUAAGCUGCAGAUUCCCAAAUGCAGAAAACAAGGAGUUAUUUUGGGACAUGCUUAUUAAAGGAAAAAGUGGUUUUCAACCCGACUAUCCAGUAAAUCGACCCAGUGAGUAUCAUGAUUACCACAUGCUGUACAACCCGAAACGUUUUACGCCAGGACGUCUUUGUGCCCUUGGCGGCUCGUAUCUAGGAAACAUUCAAGAUUUCAAUCCCGAAUUCUUCAACAUCUCACCUCAGGAGGCUAAAGCCAUGGAUCCCCAACAGAGAAUUCUUCUUCAAACAGCUUAUGAAGCCAUAGAAGAUGCAGGUUUACGUUUGGAAGAUCUUCAGAAGGGGAACACUGGUGUCUUUGUCGGUGCUAUGAAUUUAGACUAUAGCAGCCGUGUAAUGCAACCUGAAAACCGCAGAAACCUCAACCAGUUUUUUUCCACUGGUGUCACAGCUUCAAUUUUAGCAAACAGGAUCUCAUUCUGCCUUAAUCUAACAGGACCCAGUCUAACUGUCGACACUGCUUGUUCGUCUUCAUUGGUUGCACUUAAAAUUGCCUGUGACUGCCUCCGUAAUGGAGAGUGCGAUGUAGCAAUUGUCUGUGCACCAAACAUCAUCUUAGAUCCUUCAGUGCAAAUUAUCUUCAGUGUCGGUGGGUUGUUAGCCCCAGAUGGAAAAUGUAAAUCUUUUGAUGCUUCUGGAGAUGGGUAUGGAAGGGGCGAAGGGUUUGCAGCUGUAAUACUGAAGCUCACAGACGAUGCUGUUAUGGACAAAGAUGACAUCUAUUGUGAAAUUGUUGCGUGCAGUAUGAAUAAUGAUGGUCAAAGUGCAGUGCCUAUCACAGCUCCUAGUGCAAAGACUCAAGCAGACCUCUCUCAGAAAGUGCUCGAGGAAUCUGGCCUACAUGCUGAGGAUAUUGAGUAUCUGGAAGCUCAUGGAACAGGAACCGCGAUUGGAGAUGUGGUUGAAAUCAAGUCCAUUGCCACAACAUACUCCAGGAAUGCAUCUGGAAAUGGCCGGGUUCUUCGUGUUGGUUCUGUGAAAUCAAACUUAAAUCACACAGAAUCAGCAUCUGGGCUGGCUGGCCUCAUAAAGGUUGCAUUGAUGCUUAAAAACAAGACUUUAGUUCCAACUAUCAACAUCAAAACCUUAAAUCCCAAAUUUAAUCUUGCUGAGAAGGGAAUUAAAGUGCAAGAUAUCUGUGAACCAUGGACAAAGCAAGGUAAAAACCCAAGGACAGCAGCCAUUAACUCGUUUGGAUACGGUGGGACAAAUGUUCAUGCUAUAUUACAAGAGUGCCCAGAGACAAACAGCAUGCCACUGAAAAAAAGUUCAAGGCAGAAUCAUGUCAUUACCCUUUCCGCACAUUCAGCGACUGCACUUACGAACACGGCAAAGCAACACGCAAAGUGGCUCAGAGAGAACUUCAAUGAUGAGGGGGCAAAAAGCGACAUUUGUUGGUCGCUUAAUACGCGACGCAGUCAGCAUUUACAUCGCUUGGCGGUAGUGUUUGAUUCACUGCAUGGUGCAGCUGAUUUGCUGGAAAUGUUUGGAGAGAACAGUACUGGAUGGGCAGAACAUGUUUCUCAAGGUAAAGCCAUGAGCCAGCAUUCAAGACCUGUUUUUGUUUUUGGUGGUCAAGGGGCAAAUUGGAUUGGCAUGGGAAGACAACUAAUGGACAGUGAACCCUUGUUUCGAGAUACUGUCAGUGAGAUAAGCAAUAUGAUUCAAGACCUGGGAGAAACGUGGUCGCUGGAAAGUGCAUUGCUCGGCCAAGAUAGUCGUUUUGACCUGAUGGGAAAUAUUGUUGGUCAACCGGCAACAUUUACUCUGCAGUAUUCCACAGCCAAGCUACUUCAAAGCUGGGGUAUCUUUCCCACAGCUGUAGUUGGACACAGUCUGGGUGAGCUUGUCGCCUGUUGUGUUGCAGGCGCUUUGUCACUGGAAGAAGCAUUAAAGAUAAUUUUGAUUCGAUCGAAGUGUCAUGAGCUUUGUCCAACUAAUGGAUCAAUGGCAGCCCUUGGAAUGUCAGCGGAAGAUACGUCCCAACUGAUUGGUGAACUUAGACUAGAAGGAAGUGUGAGCAUCGCGGCUGUUAAUGAUGAGAAGAGUGUCACUAUCUCAGGUGACAAGCUGUCAAUUGAAUGUGUUCAAAGGCAUCUCCAGUUAAACAAAAUACAGGUCUUCUGGAGGGACUUGUCUACUGCUCGUGCGUUUCACAGCUUUCAUGUAGAAAUGGUGAAAGAAAGCUUCCACUCACAGAUGAAGUCCAUGCAUCUUUGUCCGCAGAAAACAACAAUCCCUUUGUACUCAACCGUUACUGGUGAUAUCAUCCCUGGCGAAAAAAUGGAUGCAAAUUAUUGGUGGAGCAACUUUCGUCAAUCGGUACUGUUUUGCCAGGCUGUACAAAAUGCCCUAAGGGAUAACUUAAGUAUCUUUAUUGAAAUAAGUGCUCAACCCACCCUUGGUUAUAACCUUAAGAGGAUAUCAGAGCAACAGAGCCUGCAGUCAUCUCGGUCUACCAAUGUCGUGUAUCUGCCUACUCAUCCGCGCAAGACAGUUAAGGACCAACACAAAGCAUUUCUUCACAACACUGUAAGCAAGCUGUACACUAUGGGGUACUCUAUAGACUGGGACUGUGUACAAGGCGAGGAAGGAAGUGUCCACUUCAUUCGCACACCAUCGUACCCCUGGCAAAAGACUGACUAUUGGUUCAUUCAAGACGAGCCAACCAAAUCUGAGGGGAAAAGCCACUUUCGCAGGCAUCCGUUUCUCACCGAGUUAAAACCAACUGGGAGUUUCACAGGGUUACAUUGUUGGGAAGUGGAAGUGGAUCUUUAUCAGUUUCCAACCUUGAAAGAUCAUGCUCUAAGGCAGGGUGGCCCAGUGCUUCCUGGUUCUGCUUGCGUGGAGAUGGCGAUUGCGAUGACGGUGGAAAGGUUCUGUUGUGAUGAAGUUGAAAUAAAAAAUGUCGAGUUUACCAGCAUUCUUACCCUACCAGAGAAUCAAAUACGACUUCUGAGACUCCAGCUUCAAGAUUGCAGAGAUAUUGGCACAGCAGAAUUCCAGGUAAAAAACAUUUCAGGAGAUGGCUCUGAAAUACUACUUGCCAGGGGUGAGGUUACUGCAGUCCUUGGAGACGGAAAAUUACGGAAGAAUCCCGAGCAGGGUGAGUGACAAACUGUUAGUUUAAUCAGCUCGUUUUUUAUUCAAGAUGGCCCUGUUGUUCAUGUGUUUUGAUAAAACGACUAGAAACUUUAUUUACCCUUAAUUUUACAUGACGCUUACUAUUCCCUUGGCAGGUACUGCUAACGAUCCAAGAGAAUAAGUGAAUAAAUAGAUAAAUAAAUAAAUAAAUAAAUAAAUACACAAAUAAUUUAAUCCUGAAAUAACAUGAACCACUCUAAAUUAUAAUCAGUAAGUGUCCUUAAUGCCCUUCUAAAUGAAACUAUUUUGUCAUUUGAUCUAAGAUUGUCUGGCAAAGAAUUCCAUGCUUUAGCAACUACGCUGCAGUUAGUCUUAAACCAUUCCAGGUAGACCUGAGCUUAGGUAGAACAAGAUUGUUUAUGAUUUCCCUGAAUUGUUUCUUAUGAUUGCUUAGCUUAAACAAAGAGAACGUUCCUUCGAAUGAUCCGAAUCAGGUCCCCGUUUCUCGUAAGUCCCGAUAAUUAUCAGGCCUGGGAAGCUGUUUUUUUUAUAAUCAAGGUCGAAUAAUGUGAUAAAACUAACAGCUAACAAAAUGGAAUGGUUUGGUAGCUAGCUCCUGUGCUUUUAUGCUUUAUAUUUUGAUUCGAAUAAUUGAUUAUGAGCCCGAGGUUAGCGGUACGUUCUAGAAACGGCCAUCAGGAUCAGUUACCUGAGAUCACUCGAAUCGUGAUGUAUCAAAGGCGCCAAUGAGUCCACUCUGGGCAAGGAUUAAUCGGUUGCUUUUAUGAAGCAUGAUCUGAGUUAUCUUGGAUCACUGAUCCUGAUCCGGAUCAUCCCAAAGGAAUGCACUCAAAGACCAAAGGCAAACUAAUAAUAAUAAGCAUAUACUGAAUACUUCUACUUGCUAAAGAACACCCUACUUUAUUGGUCAGAGUAUUGUUCUCACCAGAAAAAUCAUUAAUUACGCAUCUUAGUGCCCCUCGUAUAAUCCGUUGUAUUCAUCUUUAAAACAGACUACAACAGUAUACUCUUUAUGUCAGAUCUCGAGGGAAACAGUUCUAGUUUUGUUUUCCCGAGCGUCCUGAUGUUUCCCGAGACGAAGUCGAUGGAAACAUCAGGACUCGAGGGAAAACAAAACUAACUGGUUUCCCCAGUGACCUGACAUUAGGUGUUUUGUUAUAUUCCCAGACUUUCAAUUCAACGUCCUUCAACAGCGACAAAAGAAUACGCUUUAGCGAAGCGAAUCAAAACAGUCGACUCGGUACUUAUAAGAACACAAAUUUAAUUCUCAAAACCACUGAAUGAAUGAUUUACAAAGUACUUUCCUUAUAUUAUCUGCAUCUUUUUUCUUCACUAGCUGCUGUUUCUCUUCUGGGAUAACCUUGAAAAUCGUUGCUUUUUAGCUUGAAGCUUCAUGUUUUUGCUGUUGUGUUCAUUCACGAAAAGAAAACUGGCAGUGUUUUUCCCGUCCUCUGUCACGCCACCUUCCACCAUGCUUUGAUCAGGUGCUGGAAUGUAUACCGAGCGGGGUACAUUGCUUAAUGUAUCACGAUCGGGAUACAUUUGAUUUUAGUCAAGGCCAUGUGACCAAGAAUCAGCCAAUGGCUGUCUCUGUUUAGUGGAGUGAAAGUCAAGGAAUAUAACAAUUAAGAUAUGACACGAUGAAGGACUCAUUCUGUAACCUACUAAGCACUUAGAAAUAUGACUGUUGAAUUAGUAGUACUGCUAGUCACUGGAGACAACAAAGCAUACAAGGUAAUACUAAAUUUGCAUGUCAUUUUUUUUUUCUUCGUUUAAAGGGUCCCUGGAAUUGUACAAAUCCGUGAAUGUAGAAACAUUCCAGGAUAUUACCACCCGAAUGAAGCCAGUGGCACUUUCAGAGUUUAGACAUUUGACGGAGAAAUAUGGCUUCAAUUUUGGUCCCUCUUUUUCUUUGAUAAAGUCGAUAUGGAGAGGUCAAGAGGAAGCAUUUUGCAUCAUUGAUAUUGACAGAGAGGAAGUCAAGAUUGAAAUGGCAAGAUAUGUCGCACACCCCGCAUUCUUGGAUGCGUGCUUCCAGUCGUCAGCAGCAGUUGAAGAAGAUACAAGUAGUAAUCUGUUGGAUGAAACAACCUUUCCAGUUGGGAUAAAGAAGCUCACAUUCUUUAGUCGAACCAUCCCACAAAGAACGUUUUGCUAUGUCUCCAAACAAGUGCGUGGAAACUGGGUAACCUAUGACAUUAACGUGAUGGAUUCACGUGGAACCAUUUUGAUAGCAGUUGAAGGCUUUCAGUCAACGGAGAUUGGGACUCUCAUUCGGUCGCAAAAGUUUGACAGUAUGGCUUAUGGCACAAGAUGGGUGGAAUCCGAAAUUGAGCCCCAGUCAGACACAGAACCUGCAGUAAGAAUUGUUGUGAAUGAUUCUCAAGCAGUUGGCCAACUGUUUUGCGAUCACCUAAAGGCAAAAAAUCCAGCUGCCCGUGUAAUAACUGUGCAUGUCCCUUUUGAAAACACGGAUUGGCCGGAGGACUUGAAAAGAGAGUUAACUUCAGCAAUGUCGUCUUUAGCCACAACACAAGAUAAAGUUCAGUUAUUCAACUUUCUUCCAGUAGAUGCAGGAAUUUCGGCAGAAUGUUAUGAAGCUGUAGAUAACUCACAGAUGCUUGCGUUUGUCAGCUGUGUCAAAAUCUUGCAAGUUAUAGCAAACAGCAACCUUACAAGUCCCCAUUUAGUUACAGUCACAAGAAACUCCCAAGUAGUUGCGCCGGGUAACGAAACGUGCUGUUUUCCAUGGGCAUGUUCUGUGUUGGGACUACGGAGGACAGCUUCCCUUGAAUGUCCAAACAUCAGAUGUACAGCCGUUGACCUAAGUGAUGACUCAGCUGACCUCAUCCUUUUAGCAGAAGAGGCUCAAGCCUCCUCCAAAGAGGAUGAGAUUGCAUUUCGUGGGGGAAAGCGUUUUGUCAAUCGCAUGAUGUGGCUGGACAAAUCCUCUAGUCAGACUACUUUAUCAUACAAGGAGAAAACUUUACCAUCAGUGUACAUCACUUUACAUCCCAAAACAGGUGCCUUAUGUUUCAAGAAAAACACUUGGCCAAGGCUCUCUGGGAACCAAAUUCGAGUAAAUGUGACAUGCAGUUGGAUUGUUAGUGGAGACUUAAAGCAGAUCUUCUGUAAUCCCCAGUUCGUCGGUUUCAGUGGCAAUGUUUGUGAAACAGCCAAAGAGUCAAGAGGCCUCAAGGUUGGAGAUGAAGUAUGUGGGAUGGCAAGCAUUUCCAAGGUUGGAAACCAAGUUCAAGUGAAUGCAGACAAUGUUAUCCACAAACCAAAAGGUAUGAGUGACAAACAAGCAGCCACUGUCCCUGUCUGUUUGGCGGUUGCCUUGUAUGUCCUCCAAAAGACACUUGGAAAAAAGAAGAAUCAAAGCCUACUGAUAGACAACAGAAAAAAUGGUCUUGGGAAAGUCGCUGUCUUAGUGGCCGAAGCUUUGGGGCAUACCGUGGUUAGUGCCAAACGGGAAUCAAAGGCACACAUAUGUCCCCAUAUUACCUCAGCACAGGGAUCGAUGCCAGAAAAUAUUGCAUACCACGGUCGGAAGAUAGAUGCAGCCAUAUAUUUCGAUCAACCCAAACCAAAAUGCUUACAGGCAACCUGCCAGCUACUCAAAGAAGGGGGAAUGCUGGUAAUUUGUAAAGAUGUCGCAGGCUCUAUCACUAUUCCAGCAGGCAAACAAAUCACAUGCGAGAGAAUCACCUUUACAGAGAUUCUCCUGAAGCCAAAAGCAUUUCCUGAACUAUGGACCAUAGCAUGGGAGUUGCUGCAGUCAUCUGGCCUCAUGAAUGAAGUAUUCAAACUUGAUCAAAACACUGUCGAUAUUGUCCAGAAAGUGCAGGAAUCUAGAAGUGAGGGUGCACAGAUCCGCUUCGACUUUUUAAAGACGACAUGCUCUGAAUUUGUGUCUCUUUCAUUUGGCCGAAGUAACGGAUCGUCAGAAUUUUCUGGGGAGGUUAUGAUGCCUGGCAUAGAUCAACAGGGACUGAAACCAGACCGCACCUACAUGGUAGUAGGUGGCAUCCAGGGUUUUGGGUUUGAAGUUGCAAAAUGGAUGGCUAACUGUGGGGCAAAGUCAAUUGUUCUCAUUGCACGCUCUAAACCAUCAGAAUCUAAACUUUCUGAAGUCUCUAAGUUAAUGGAAGUGACUGGAGCAAACAUCAUUCUUCACCAGGCAGAUGCUUCAAGUCCAGUGUGUAUGGAGGCCUUAAAAGAACGACUUCAGUCUCUUCCAAGUGUUGCAGGAAUCGUACAUACAGCAAUGGUUCUGAGGGAUGAGCUCAUUCCAAGCCUAACUGUCAGCAACUUUAGGAUUGUUGCAGCACCCAAAGUGAAAGGUAAUGAUCAAUAAACAAAAUAUUGAAAAAUUAUUGGAUGAGGUUUCUGUGAUAUCUUGAAUAAUCAAGGUCGAGAUAAGUGUUAGUAGCCGAGCCAAAGGCUGAGCCUGAUAACACUACAGAAAAACCGAAUCUAAUAUUGUUUUAUUAUACAAUGAAAUAAGGAAAAAACACAGUUUGCCAUUGCUCUUAAAAAUUGUCACAACCUACAGGUUAGGCUUGGUUCAGACGCCGUACUUUUCAUGUGCCGAACUUAAUUGCAUAAGUUCGACUUUGGAGCGACACUGGCGCGACAUCUGAUUCAGACGGUGUUCCGUGUGUGGAACCUAAGUUAAGUUCGACAGACUCUGUCGGACUUAACGCUUUGCCGCACCAAACUAAAACUGCCGUACCAAAUUUAUUCAGCGUCGCUCUUUUACCGUACUUAAUUCAUCAGCUAGGUUCGGCACAUGAGUGGAGUGGCGUCUGAACCGGGCCUUAGUCACUAAUCUGCUAGCAGAUAACUAACUAAUCUUUAGGUUGCGCUGGUAUGCAAUAUUAACUGUAGGCUCUUAGUCAAAAGGAAGACAGAUAGUGAGUACAAUGUAUGGCAUAAUAAAUUACACUGACAGUUAUUUCAUUGUCGUUGCAAAAAGCAGACCCAAAUGCACCACGCACAUUUAUCUUUUUUUCAGCCAUAACCAACGCAGUCAAAUACUUUGAUAAUGACUUCCGUACACGUUGUCAAAAUGUGACACAUGCUGUUACCGACAGCCUAUUCCACUUAUCCUAACCCACUUAUUUCAAGAAGUAUAACUUUCUAUCCCACUUUUUAUAAGAGUAAUUAUUUUUCAGAAAUAGUAAAUGGACCUAUACCCGGAGUCAUUUUUCAGUGUGAAAGUAGAAUGACGGUACUUGUCAAAAGCUAGUUCGUAAAAGAAAUUAAAGGUCUCCUCGUCAUUAGUAUUCUUAGAAAGGAAAGGUCCAUCUCCUUUUUGUAGUUUAGUGUUACCAAUUUUAACCUGUGACUUGUCAGUGAAUGGGUCUGCUAAUGCUGAAUUAACGGUGAUACAUUGCUUACUACAUGUCAUUUAAAUAUCAUUUUCAAAUUUCAAUAUUUCUUGAAUAGCAUUUUCCGUGUAUUAUUCCUCAGGUAAUAAUUUUAUAUUACUAUUGUCUCAGAUCUCUUAUAACAAUUAUGAUAUAUUGACCAAUUGUAAGAUAAGGGGGUUUUAUUUUAUGAAUUAAACUUAAUGCCUUUAUUUACAGUACUACAAAGUUGAAACAAAAUAUUUAAAAUCGCCUUAAAAACUGGCUUGUGCACAUUCAAAGACAAUACUUUAAUCCCUGUCUUUAAUUCAACUACCAGGAUGCUCUACAUUGAAAGAGUUUCAAAAGUUUCUGUUUUUUUUUUUCCACAGCUGCAUACCUGCUGCAUGAGAUGAGUCUGAGUAUGGAUCUGGAUUUCUUUGUUUUGUUCUCAUCAAUUGCGUCGCUGCUAGGUAAUCCAGGCCAAGCUUCUUAUUCAGCCGCCAAUGCAUUCCUGGAUGGUUUAGCACAGUAUCGCCAGCAUGUGCUUGGUUUACCUGCGUUAUCGAUUAACUGGGGCCCUAUCAAAGGAGUUGGAGUUCUUCAUCGUGAAGAGGCUACUGCUCAGCACCUUUCAAGGGCGGGCUACUUUUUGCUACCAGCAACACAAGGUAAACUAUAAAGCGCUGUAAUUUAAAGGGGCUGUUUCACGACAGUCCAGUUCAUUUCGUUUAAUUUUGGCAAUUACUCGCCCUCAAUCGCUAUGGAACUUAAAGUAAGCAAAGAAAUUAUAUGUAAAUGACAAAAUCAGAGAUUCGAGACAAAGAAAAAUGUUUCCUGAGCAUUAUUUUUGAAGUUGCAAGCAGCAGGGCUCAACUUUGAAAAACUGUUAGGCUGAACAGUUUUCAAAAACCCCAAUUUCAAUCCGUUUCAAUCUUCUUCAGUUUUGCCCAUCCGUGGCAUCUGUUGUUUCUGUUAUGUUAUUUUAACCUUCCUUUGAAGUUUUAAGCGGUUAUUUUUUUGUUUCUCUCAAUUUAACGGGCAUUUUUUAAUUUCCUAAUUUGGCUGAAUUUCGUGACGCAGCUCCUUUAAGAACUUAGAGUACUUCAUUUCGAGGAAAGGUUUUAACCCACAAUAGUCAAUCGACAUUUCUCGCAUCCCACGACUCAAGUGAACCCACACAAAGAAAUUGGGUUAACGCUUGCGUGCGCAAUAAUUUCAUACAAAUCACUGUAUUUUGUCUGAGCAAGCCUCCAGUCGGUGCCUUGUUUACAGGAAUGCGGGAAAGGUCUAAAAUAGCUUCUAAGUAUCUAAUAAAUGCAGUAGUGGAAGAUUGAAAGCAUUGCUUUUAUCAGCUGGGUUGGUCAUGUAAUAUGGCAUGCAUAAAGAACGUGAACAAUCACCAGGUUAUCAAAGAAAUUGAAGAUAAGCAAAGAAUUAAUAAUGAUGAGUUUAUUUAUAUAGCGUUAUGAUUUCACUAACUGCUCAUAGCGCUUUACAAAUCAUGCUACAGAAUUUAUUUGCAAAAUCUGCAUACCAUCAAUACUCUAGAAAUCAUGAACAAGUGACAUAUCAUUAGCUAAUUAAAAAUUACCAAUGAAAUACGGUAAAACAACCCUUAAGGGUACACUUUCUUGAAGAGAUGGGUUUUUAGUUGACCUUUGAGGGCAUUGAAUGAUGUCCGCAGCCUUUCUUUAAGAAACUGGCCGUUCAUUCCAUUUCAUCCCAUUAUUUCUUUUUUUCUCUUUUAGCAACUAUUUAUUAUCUAAAUUGUAGUAAAAGUACUUACCCAAGAUGAAGUAAGCGUAUUGAUUUUUUAACGCGAAUUAGACUAUAAAUGUAAGAAAAAAUAAUUGAAAUGUCUAGGAGUGUGAAAACAGUUGUUCUUUGAAGUCCCUUUACCUAGUUUUUAUGAUAAUCAGGUCUCUCUUUGUUAUUUUGACCCUAAAUGUUUUGGAGACUCGAUCACUGCACAACUUUCUAAAAAUAAUUCCUAUAAAGUAUCUAAGUACCUUAGUGAAUGUCUUCCGUCUUUUGUAGAAUAAACGUGAUACAUUAAAUUUUGAGCUAAUUUGUUAAGCUGUUCCACUUUUCACAACAAAUGUCUUAAAGGUGGUCAUUUGACCUGGUCAACUCAUUUGACAAGGCCAGAAAUUUCUGAGCUGGUUCGAAACUCAGUCAUGGAAAGAGACCAUCUGUACUUAAACUGUUUUCUUAUUUUUAACAUUUCUUUCUUUUUCAGCGAUAAACUUUAUGGAAAAAGUUUUGACUGAGGAGCCAGGAAGAGCACAGAUAGGUUUGUUUGAUGUUGACUGGCAAAGGAUUCAAACCAGUACUCCUGGGCUAGCGAAGUCGACUCGCUUGGCUUACAUCAGUGACAGACAAGAAUCCACUAGCAGUCUACAAAACAAGCAGGAAAUUGCUUCCAUGUUACUUAUGGAAAAAGACCUCGGAAGACAGCAAGAACUGGCUCAUCAAUAUGUCACUGAGCUAAUAUGCUCAUGGACAGGGAAUGCCCCUUCAGACCUUAACUUCAACUCGAGUUUGUACAGCUAUGGAAUGGAUUCGUUUGCAGCACUGACGUUUAAAAUGCAACUCGAGUCUUCUCUCCAGAUUUCCUUUGAGGUUUGAUUUUAGCAAUCUACAUACAGUCAGUUCUUUCUUGAUGGACAAUUCCCUAUAUAAUGGCCUUAUACGGGGAGGCUCCGCCCGAUAGCGCUAUCUUUUUCUGGAUUCAGGGGUACUUCCCACAUACUUGGAAUAACUGGAAAUUCCGUUCGGGAAAUCAGAUGGCUCGCUCCAUUCCGUUCGGGAAACUUCAGAUAAUAUCUAUAGGCCUUUUUGAGUUUAUGCAGUUUUUCUACUCUUUCCAUUCGCUCCAGCUAAUAUAGCAUAUACUUUUCCUCCCAAAAGACCUUUGUCACGCGGCGGCCAUUUUGUCUCGGGAGAUUAAAAAAACUUUGUUGUCGCACGGUUAGCCUCUCGGUGAGAACGAGGCUAGCCGUGCAAAUACAAAGCUUUUUAAUCUCUUGGGACAAAAUGGCCGCCGCAUGACCAAUGUCUAUUGAUUAAUGUUUUGCACGAGAUUUUCGACAGGAUAGUUUAUGUUCACGGCAAACACCCCAGGUGCAUGAAAGGGAAGGGAUUUCACGGACGGGUGGAAGUAUAUGAAAGGGUAGAGAUACUUUGCCAUUUUGUAUAGAAUUGGGUUGAGUGCCGCUCCCCACCCCCUCCCACUGUCCCCUCCGCACUCUCCUCAGCCUUAAACAGACACUCACACGUAAGGCCUUGCUAGUUCCCUUGAAUAACCUCUUUCCCGCCCUGUGGUAAAGCUUGACAUGCCAGAUUGAGUAGGGCUCUUGUCAGCUUAUUAAUCGAAGUCGGGUUAAGCAAAAUGAGAGGCUACCGUAACAAACCUUGUGUUAGCUAUGCUAUUCUUGUUUAACAGGUAUUCUAUUUCAACCAACCUGAUACCACUCCCGCUAAGCUGAUACAAGACAUCAUUGGAAGGCUCAACAAUGAAAGAAUCGUUCCUGUCCAAGGCGAGGAAGAGGUUCUCAGUAAAGAAACAACACCUCAGGCUGAAGGGAAGCGUGACAAGUCUCCUCAGAGGGCAAACACUUUUGAAGAACCUCUCCAUCCAAUUGACAUGGCGUCGCCCACGGCCACCUAUCACCUUAUUCCUCUUUUCAAACCCGAACAAGCUGAGGUGAAGUUAUUUUGCGUCCAUCCAGCCGGAAGGUAUACCAUGAACCUUUCACCAAUCUCCAAUGGCUUCACGCAACAAGUAAGCUAAGGAUGAAUUACUCCGCUGUGUUUUCUGCUUUGUAUCUUCUGUAACGGACAAGCAAUUCAAUCUUGUGUGUCCUAAGCCCUACAGGAUUUUUUUUUUCUUGUAUCUUCUGCUAUAAGAUCAGGCCAGGCCUGCAAUUUUUUUUUGCUCCAUCCUUUCCCCCCAUUCGUUUGUUUGAUUGUUUGUGUUUUUUCGUUUUUUAACCUUUUUGCCUUUGAAACAUGGUGGGCUCUUACUAUGGGCUGAUUUCAUUCCCGCACGAGAGGCUUUCGUGUAAAGCUGGACAAAAUAGGUAUAUUUUAGAAGAAGGAAUAGUCUAGUGGCUCACAGGUGCCAUACGAAAAAUGUGGUUGUUUUUUUAUUAUGAUUAUUAUUAUUUUAGCGACUUUAAUUUUGGGUGAGUUCUCUACCUACUUUUAUGGUGGCUUUUUUAGCGACUUUUUCAGCGACAUUUUAACAACUUUUCAGCGAUCACUAGAAUGUGGGCUCGUAUUACUUCUCAAGUACUUUAAGAAGAUGCUCUUUUAGAGAACUAAAAGAAAACUCGGAAAAUAAAUAUCAAAAAGGCAGACAAAGGAACCAAAAUUGUGAAUAAAAUAAAAAAAGAAAUUGCUACUUGGCGGGCCAGUCGAUUGUAAAACCGUUUUAACUAAAUGAAUUUGAGGUUGUUAUAUCUCUUCCAUGCCACCGGUUUUGUACUUUUCUGAUCAACAGUUGUUAAAAAACAGUCUGUAAAGAAGUCACCAAAGAAGUCGCUUAAAAGAUAACCAAAAAAGCCGCUAAAAUAGAAAAAGAAACGCGUUGUCUACAUGACAUUUUUGAGCUACCUCGUUACAUCUAAUGGGUGGUAAGAUAAGAUUCCAUUCGAGUUUACCUGUGCCGCAUUUUGCUGUACACUUGUGGAGCAUUGGACGUUAGAAAACGUUAAUUAGAAAACGGAGUUAAUUAAAGUGGUGGGUUAAAGGUUUUUUAGUUUAUGUUAACCACUUAUAUUUAUUUUACGACAGCCAGCUUUGCGUUCCUUUUUUCCGCAGUCUCUAGUUGCAUUCUACGGCAUUGGUUAUACUGAGCCCACAAUGAGAGCAGAAAACCGGAGUGUGCGAAAAAUGGCUCAGAGUUACGUCAGCAUGGUCAAACAGGUGCAACGACGCGGGCCUUAUUAUUUAGCUGGCCAGUCCUUUGGUGGUCUCGUGGCAUAUGAAAUGGCAAACAUUCUUACUGAACAGAGUGAAAAUGUAGCUUUUGUGGCAAUGAUAGACACAUUUCCAUGGUACCUGCCAAACAGAACUGGUGCUGCAAGGCUGGAGAUGUUAUUCAGUGGCACGAAGUUGGAUAAGCUAAUGGAUGGGUUGUUUGAGGUAGGCAUGUGCAUCUUUAGGAGGCCCGUGACUGUAAGUAUCGAGAAUCCACCGACACGGUUGCAAAAUGUCAUAAUUUAUUAUGUUCUACCUUUUUGUGACUUAUUGUCAAAAAUGCAAAUUAAAGUAGCCUAAGGCCAGGCUCUGCAGUGGAAAAAAGGUAAAAGGGGGGAAAUACAAAAAAUAUCCGCGAGCGAACAGAGCCGAGCGGUGGUCUGGGGAUAGGGAAAGGUCCGCCACCCUUUCCCAUCUCCGGACAGAUUUUUUUUUUCGCGCACGCUUAUUGUUUUCUCCUUUUUCCCCCAAUGCGGAACCUGGUCCCAGGCUAAAAUAAAAGGUACCAUCGCGCUUUGCUUUUUCUAACAAAUCAAGUUCAAGUUACGCCAAGGCGUUCCCCCCUGCCCUGAUGACGUCAAUCCUGCAGCAAAACUGCCAGAUUAUUGAAGACCUGGGAAUGAAGAUGUUUUGGUAGUGAAUGCAAAAUGGCAGAACAUUUCACUGGUUUUGCGAGGACGAAAUAGGGGAACUUAAAAACAUAGCAAGAACAGCAAGAAGACAACUCGAUGGACGACAUCUGCUCUUUGAAGAAUAUUUGCAGAACUGAACAACCGUUAUUAUCUCUUUAACUUGCGAUAAACAAGCACUAUCGAAGAUGAACUUAACAUUGAUUGAUGUAAGCAUGUUUUAGCUUGUUUUAAAACUAGGAAUUAUUUUCAUUGAAUAUUAAAACAAUUUUUGAAUUGGGCUUUCGUAUCAUCUGAAGAAUUGUGGAGAUCACUGAGGCCUACGGCCUCGUCGGACGACACCCUUCUCGAUCUCCAUAAUUCUUCAGAUGAUACUCAGCCUCGUUCAAUGAUUGCUAAUUAAUGAUGAAAUUUUGCAAGAUUUUGCAAGUCGGCGGAUUCUCGAUAUUUCAGUCAGGAAUAGAGAAGAAGAAGUGUGACGUCACGUUACCAUGAUAACACUAUUUCUGGAUGACAACAAUGGUCAGCAAACGUAUCAGAAUGUUUUUUCCUCAUUCAGUAUAGGGUAGUUACAUAAAUGAAAGUGACUAAGUUGGGAUCACGAAAAUUACAUAUUUGCCCAAAAGUGACUAAAACGGGGUCUUUGAUUGGCCACAGAAUAGGGGCUUAAUGGGGUAGGGGCUCUGAGAGGCCAGCGGCACACACCCAGCAAAAAUUUACCCAAGUUCCCCCCGCGGUCCUUAAACAUCGCACAGUAGCUUGUCAUAAUUCAAGAGAAAUGUAGUUUUAAAACAAGUUCAGUCAUCUUUACUUUUUACACCCUGCACGAUACUGCAUUGUAGAGUACGUAACCCUGUAAUUCAUGUCAUGUUUACUUCUUUUUUUCUUGAAGGCAACAUUUGAACAAGUACUUUACAAAAUGGCCACCACAAACUUAAAAAUGACAGCUGAUGAAUAUAAAGAAUUGAGAGAAAAGGAAGCGUUGGAAAGCACAAUGACAUUGCUUCAGAAGAGAGCCGCUGCUGAAAACAUUCCACUUUAUGACAUUAGAGCGCUUCGGGAUUCCCUUCACCAUGACAACAAGAUGGCUACGAACAAACACAGGGAAUGGAAGGCACCUCAGGUUAGAUUUGAAAACGUCUAUAUAGUUCUAAAUUAAAGCUGAUCAUCGUCAGUAAUUUCAAUGCUAUACUAAUUCAACCGGAGUUGGGGUCGAGAUACAAGAUACACGUUUUAAGACGCGUGUAGGUGGCGUUCUCGUGCGGUCAACAAAAGUUACGACGUGCGGCUGGUUGUACAAUUUUUAUUUUCUGCUAUCGAUUAAAUGUGUUAAUAACCUGUACAAGAAAUUCAGUUUGCCAGAUGUUUUCUAUUAAGCAGCUGGUGGUUAAAACUGUCAGAUUACCCUGACAAUGUCGUUCGUUUAUUAGUUCCUAAACUGUCCAGUACUUGCAAAGCGCUUAAAAUUCCUAUUCUUCUGUUUUAAUGAGGGCCUCAAUGGGGUGGUAGCUUUGACGGUUAACAGCUAAAUUUUAGGACUUUUGACGGUUGGUGGUUAGUUAGUGAAAAUUUAGUUUAAGAGUUAAAGUAAAUAUUAACCUCUGUAUAAAUUAAUAUUUAACCAUUGUGUUUUGGACGUUGCCUUGGCCUCUCAUAUAAAAUUUCCAACUAUUUUAAGAUAUAGCAAAGUUGUAAAGUUUCUUCAUGAGCCAAAAGUCCAUGAAGAUCAGCUGAAAUAGUGAGAUUUGAAAUUCCUUGAAACGUUUUGACGGUUGAUAUUACUCUUAUUGACGGUUGACAGUAAAAAAUCCGAAAAAAAACACCUUUUUUUACGGCUGACGGUUAAGCCCAUUGAUACCCUCUUUAAUGUUCUUGUUUUUGUUAAAAAAAUAAUGCCUAAAUCAAACGUAGAAGAAACCCAACCUAAAAAGCUGUAUUUUUCUGCGUUUAAAAGGUCCGUUUUAAGGGACCCAUCACCUAUCUGAAGAGCGCAGACCAAAGAUACGCACCUACAAGACCUCUUCAGGAGGAUUCGGAUUCUUCUUGGUCCUUGUUGGUGGAUGGUAAGUCCUUAAAUAACUGUUUAUUAUUAAUAAUAAUAUUAAUAUUAUCAUCAUUAUUAUUUUCAUUAUUAUUAUUAUUAUUAUGCAGUAGAAAACGUAAGAAUGCAAGCGGUUAACCACAGAGGGCGCACAUUGUAGCCUAUGUGGCCUGCAAGGAACUAAAUUGCUCUAAAAAACGAACUGUGUUAUGGAAAGUUACAUAGGCAAAAUUUUUUUUCAAAAAAAAAUACAAUAAUACGGAAGUGUAAGCGUCAAGGUAAUAAAAUACAGCUAAGAAAUAAAAGGUAAUACAUUUUUAGAAUCUGGACUAAUCCUUAAAAACCACUUAAAACGUCACUACUGCGAUCUUAACAAAACGUGGUCAUAAUACGUCCUUACUAAGUUCAGCUAUGUUGAGCAAGCGCAAGAUUGAGGCUUUCUGCAUUCUUCGCAAAACAUCCUUUCUCCUUACACCAACGAGCGCAAGUUUUCAUAGUCAGCUCAAGGAUUUUUGAUCACCCUCCCAGCAGAUCAAUGACAAUAUUACACUAAUCGACGUCAUACUCUGGGUAUUGCUUCCUUAUCUCCCAUCGCAGAGGACGGUACUUGCAGUAUUUUAGCAAUUUCUUUGGAUAUGCUUUCACUUAGCUGAGAGAUUUUGCGUUAUCUUUCAUGAUAUUCAAAACAAGGAAGGAGUUCGAGCAAUUCGGGCUACAAAAUACAAAAAAUAUGUGGUUGGAAAAUACACAAGUACACAAAUCGAAUAUUUGAGUCGAAAGAUGGCACAAAAAGGACGAAAAAUCAAAUUACAUUGGAAAGGACAGGACUUUUCUUCAAGCGAUUUGCUUAUCAAGUCCAAUCGCACCGCAUUACAUGUAGACUUAUGAAGAAGAGGAACGAAAUGUUAGUACACCCCGUAGGAUCCUAGCCUCUAACGUCCACAUCCGCAGAGUGACUCUAAUAAGGCCCCUUCCACCUUUUACACGCGGAAGAUACAGCCUUUUGGUGGUAGGCACUGUGCAUUGUCAUAAGUUUCCUGGUCCUUCGAUCCAAAUUGUCAAGAUCCUCUUUUGUCCAGUUCACAACACCUGCUGAGUACCUGACCACUGCAGCUGCAUAAAUAUUGAUAGUGUCAGUCUCAGAUUGAUCAGGAAACGGUGGUGGAAGAUUUUUUACCAAUUCACAGAAGGAAGCGUUUGAAAACCAAAGCAGUUUUGAAUUUUUUUAACGUUGAAUUAAAAACUUGACACAACACUUUCUUCUCCUUUUUUUUUCUAUAUCUCUAGGUAACAUUGAUGUUUACAUCUGCCCAGGAGAUCACCUUGCCCUGAGUGACCCGGAUGAUGGGGCCGUUAUUGGUGGCAUUCUAGCGACAGCUGUUGGUAUCAGGUAUAGGACUCUGUGUCCCGUUCUUCCAGGAUUGUCUACUACCUUUAAAGAACGACGAGCCAUUCGUAAAUUUGAAUCCGGCGUCAAUGUCACACUUUAUGCCAGGAAAGGUUGGUUAAUUAUUAAUGUGCGAUAAAGUAUACUGAUUGAUCAUUAGAUAAUUGCUUAAAAGCCAUCAGGAAGUGCCGGUUUUGUUGUUUGUCGUGUGAAAGGUACACUCCCUUGUAGAGGCGCUAUAGAUAAAUGUGGCGCAAAAGGGCCUGGAUUUUUACUCUUUUAGUAUGAAAUUGGAUGCAGAUUGUAACCUUAAUGAAUGAAUUCAGCGCGAGUGGCACUGAGAGGCAGGCAAGAUAUACCGUAGUGUGCCAUGAUUGCAACAGAAAUUGUUAAGGAGCGCUUAAAGUGCUUAAGAAACUGCAUUCAAGGAAGACAGGACACACGAGAGGUUUUAACUGUUCAUUUAUUAAUGCGCUCACUGCUCACAGAGUGAAAUCUUUUAUUCGAUCCGCAAACUUGGGCACAUAAUCAUGUUUUCCUUAUUUAGCACAAAUGGGAUAUCCGUUAAACGCAAUACGGAUACCAACUGAUAAUGGACGCUCGUUAACUUCAUCAUCCCUAAAUGUCUCUGUAAAGUUAGAGGAUAAUCCCUUAGUCUAAGACAGCCGAAUUAUCUAGAACGUUUUAGAAGAUGCAGUGUAAGCACACCUACUAAGUGGUUUUUCGUCUACCUGAUUACUGGUCGAAUUGGAAUUUUGAAGGAGCCGGGAAACCUAGAGUACCCGGAAAAAAACCUCUUGGAUCAAGGGAGAGAACCAACAACAAACUCAACGCCCACAUAUGGCGUCGACGCAGGGAUUUGAACCCGGGCCACAUUGGUGGGAGGCGAGUGCUCUCACCACUGCGCCACCCUUGCGCCUUGAAAACAGUCGUUGGGUUUCCCUACCGAUUCAAAGAAACCUGUUUGGUAGUACCUAUGUAUGGUUCCAUUUGUUUACGAUUAUUAUACUAAACGACGUUUAUUAGUUUUUUCUCAACCUUUUCCUUAAAUUUUCACUUUGGUCACGUAACAGAAGCGAAAAGUAUUUAAAAAUAUUUGCGUCUCUGCUUUCCACAGUGAGCAAACCUCCGCAUGCAGGAACCAUAUUUCUGAAUGUCACAAACAAGACACUGACAUUCAAAAGUACUCUGCGAAGAUCAGAUAACCCCGGCCGCAAAAGUAAAGAAAAGAAGAUAUCGAUUAAAGGUAAAACUACUAGACGCUUGCUAUCACAGUUGACUUAAACACCACACGGGUACAUACGGGUAACAUACGGAGUAACACACGGAUACAUACGGGUACAUACUAAUAUAUACGAGUAACAUACGGUUAACAUACGGAUACAUACGGGUACAUACGAGUUACAUACGGGUAACAUACAGCUACAUACGAGUAACAUACGGAUACAUACGAGUAACAUACGAAUACAUACUAGUAACAAACGGAUACAUACGAGUAACAUACGAAUACAUGCUAGUAACAUACGGAUGCGUACGGGUGUAUACGCGCGAGUUACAUACGGGUAACAUACACCUACAUACGAGUAACAUACGAAUACAUACUUCUAGUAACAUACGGAUGCAUACGGGUAGUGCGUAGCUGAUGCACAUAAAAAGAAAGAUCACUCGAUUUUCACAUGCCCUACUAUCCCUGAGGAAAAUGACGGACUACUGCUAGCCUAGGAAUAGAAUUCAUGUUAAACACGGGAAAAUUAUUGAAUGAAACAUUUAACUGGACUACUUUUACUUUCCUCAGAAAUACGAAAUAUCCUUCAAGGAAACCAUGAACCAACCGCCCUUAAGGUUGCAUCAAAGAUGCCACACACUGCGAAUCAAAACAGUACCAUCAAUCUUGCACUUGUUACCUCUGUUGUGACUCCAAAGAGAGCUUACAAUUUUGAAUGGCACAACUUCAAUGACAUGAGAGAGUUCUAUAGCACAGCAGAGGCCAUCUUGAGUGUUUUCAUCUACAAAAAGUGAUGCAUCCAGUUUUGGUUUAGGCUGGUAUUUCAACGAUUCUGAUUAUAAUUUUCGAAAACAAAACAUUUUUGAUUAGUAAGAUAGUUUACAAAGUUGAAUCUGGAAAAAAAACUAAUACUUUGUCAAAACAAAAUCACAAGUCUUAAAUCCCGUCCAACCUAAUGCGUUUUCCUUUGAAACCAGAAACACCAAGACAAUCGAAAAAGAAGGUUUUCGAAAACGCUUUCAAAGGUUGAGUAUUUAGAAAACACAGGUCAAUCAUUGUAGUGUGAACUGGCUAAAGCGAAGUUUUAAAACACGUUGACGUCAUAUCUAUCCUGCAUGGCAUUGUUCAUAAGCUUAAGGCGAGAGUAUAGCUGGCCCUAUUGAAGCAAUAAUCGCUCUGAGAGAGCGAUACGAAAGCGAUGCGGAUAGAUUUGGCAUAGGUGCGGAACUCUUGAUACCUGUUUUAACUCGCAAACAAAUCUUUUCAUAAUUGCAUUAGUGUGGACAGGACUGGAUUUUUACUUCAUUGUUUUGUAACAGAAUUAGUGUCGGUAAUAGCAUGAUU